UUAUUGCUUUUGAAUUUUUCUGUUUGCUGUGGAUUUAUGUUUCGAUGUAACCACCUAGGGUUUUUGUUCUUUGGUUUUUGCUUUUAAUAGAUGUUUGAUGUUGAUUUUUGGAGGAUUUUUCAUUCGUUCUGCUCAUUGCUUGUUCCUAGAUCUACGUAUUGUUAGUGUUAUAUAAUGAGCAGACCACAAGAGCCGCACUGGCCCUUCUUUCCUUUUGGGAAUCCUUUCCGUGCAAUAUCACCAAAGGGUUCAAAAUUGUCUUCUAGACUUGUUUUUCUUUUAGCUACUUUUGAGGAUUCCUUGGCAGAGAGGCUGAAAAAGCUUACUCCAAAAUCUGAAAAUGACAUACUCAGCUUCUCAUGGAUGGAAUUAGCAAUGAAUCUGCUGUGCGAAACUCACAAUGAUGUAAAAACCCUUAUAGAAGAGCUUGGGUUCCCUGCGUCCGACUGGGAUGAGAAAUGGCUAGAUGAGUACCUGAACGUCAGUGUGAAAUUACUUGAUAUAUGCAAUGAUUUUAGCUCUGAGCUCUCACAGUUGAAUCAAGGUCAUCUGAUAAUUCGGUGUGCCUUGCACAAUCUGGAAUCUACAUCUUCCGACCAGUUUGUUCAUGCCCAUUCUUCGCUAGAUGCAUGGAAUCAACAUAUUAGUUCCAGAACCUCCAGAGUUGAGAGUUCUACUAUUUUGGACUGUCUUGAGGAAUCACUUGAUCUUCCAAAGGUUAAGAACUCAUCCAAAGGCAAGGUUUUGAUGCAUGUGUUGUACGGAGUGAAGGUGGUGACUUUGUUUAUUUGCAGUACUUUUGCUUCUGCCUUAUCAGGUUCUUCCAAAAGGUUGUUACCCACCAAUGUUUCAGAUACAUUCAGAUGGGCACAUGCGUUUACUGAAUUACAGAAGAAUGUAAAUAUGGAAAUUAAAAAAAUUUAUUCUAGUGGAAGAUGUACUGCGUUGAGAGAUGUUGAUGCAGUUGAUGAGAGUGUAAAAAAACUGCAUUCCAUGAUUCAAGGAAAUAUGGAUGGCUGCAUGAAAGUGGAAGAAUUCCAGAAAUUGAUUGUAGAUUUGAGGAGGGAGGCAGAAAAGCUUACACAAGGUGUUGAUCAUCUUACAAAACAAGUUGAUGGCUUUUUUCACAUUGUUUUAUCUGGACGUGAUGCAUUGCUUUCAAAUCUUAGAGCAAGUGAAACAGUGUUUGAUCAGGGAAUGGAGGGGUGGUCUACAAGGCAACUGUGACAGAUUUUGAGCUUGUUCCUUAAUAUAAAAGGGUUCAUCUGGUUAUUUUCCUAUCUUUUGAUUGCGAAUGUACACUAUCUUGUCUUGCUUGUCAUAGUAUAGCCUGUGUAGUAAUGCCUUAUGUUAUCUUAAUGUUAUUGUGGUUUGAGCGUGUAAUGUUGUACUUUGCAAUGAGAAUGAAAUGGAAAAGUAUAUCAUGUUCAAGUAAAA